AUGGAUGUUCAAACCGGCUUAGUAUGCAUAUUAGUAUUUAUUAUUUCUGGAGGUGUUCUCCUUUUUAUCACAAAAUAUGGUAUGAAAGAAAAAACCUAUGAAGAAGCUAUUGCCGAGCAAAGAAAAAUGCCUAAGGAUGUUCUAGGCCUUGGAAGGCAAAAUAAAGACAAAGGAAAAAAUAAAAAACAAAAGAGACAGGGUAAAAAAGCAAAAGAAAAAACAAGUAAUAGUAAACCAGUACCUGAAAAAAAAAAUAAUAGUAAAUCGUUAAAUGCGAAUAAUACCAAGGUAAAUUUUAAAGAAAAUGAGCCCAAUCAUGUGAAUUUUUUAACACCCGAAGCAAAAGUAUUGAACAAAGUAGAUAAUUCAGUUAAAUCUGAAAAAAUUAAAAAGAAAGAACAAAUCAAACCUAUUUUGGUAACUAAAAAUCAGGCAGAUGUAAAAAGUAAAAUUGGGCAAAAUGAUGUUACUGUUAAUCAUUUCAGUGAGAUAAUUCCAAAGGAUGAUCUUCAAUUAAAGCUGAUAAACAAGGUAUGCACUAUAAAAAACAAUUCCAUGAAUACAAAUGAAACCAAAAAUGACCAAAGUCCGAAAAGUGUGAAAACGAACAAAAAUAACAAAUUGAAAAAUGAUGAUCAAAGAGUACAACAAACGCAGCAACAACAACAACAACAACAAAAACUACAAAAUUUUGAAAAUUCAAAACACAUUAAAAUUGAAACGAAUAAUGGUUUCGAUGUAAAUGCUGAAAAAAUUCCUGUUCAAGUUGUCAAAGUUAACAACAACAAUGUUAAUAUAAAUCUUUUGAUUCCAUUAAUUAACAAAGCAGAACUUUCUCGUUUUGAAGUUCAAAUUUUAACCGACAUAUUGUUGACUAAACAUUUGGAUGAAGUCACGGAUCAAUUUGAAUGGACCGAAGGAAGACAAGAUCCCGUGGUGAAAUUGAAAAAACAAUUGGCUGAAAAAGAAAAAGCUUUGGCGGAAGAACAGGAAGCAUCUCAAGCGUGUCAAAAUAAAUUAAAAGAAUUGAGAUUGGAAUACAAUUCGGAAAGAGCUCGAUUGUCUCAAGCUUGUCGCCAAUAUGACGAAACGAUUGUCGCCAAACAAAGUGAAAUACAAAAUCUUCAUGCGGCUAACAGGCAUCUUAUUGAUAAUCACGUGGCAGAAAAACAAGCUUUGACGCAAAAAAUUCAACAGUUACAAGCUCAAAUCAAUGAUGAAAAUUUAAUGAUUCGAAAACUUCAAGAUGAUCAUAAUCAAGCUCAAAACGCUCUUCAACAAGAAUUGGUUAGUCAAGGGCAGCAAAUGGAAAUACACAUUGCAAGACUCAGGGAACAGUUGCAAGAAAUUCAUAGCAAAAUACAAGAAGCGGAACAAAUAAGAGCGUCGUUCAAUGCCGAAUUACAAAAGAAUCGAAGAUACGAAGAAGAAUUGAGAGAUUUACGAGAGCAACAAGUUCAAAAUCAAAAUAUAAUUAAAAAUUUAGAAACUCGAGCGUCACAAUUGAAAGAAACGAGUAGUCAUACUCAAGAACUCGUCAGACAGAUCGAGGAAUUGCAGAGAGUGAAUAAAGAAUUGGACAUGCGGUGUAACAAUUCGCAUCAGUUGGAGGAAGAAUUGAAAUUUGAAAAAACCAAACUACAAAAUGAAUUACAUAGCUUUAAAAAUAAAAUGAUGGAACUUCAAAACGAAUAUGAAAAAUUAUCAAAAGACAGAGAGAAAUUGGCGGCUCAAGUGGCGACCAAAGUUGAUUUGGAAAAAGAUUUUAUGAGGUUGAAAGAGGAAAAUCUAGGAUUGAUAUCUCAGGUGUCGGCUUUUACCAAAAUGGAAAAAGAAGCACAACAGUUGAGAGAAGAAAAUGAAAAUUUAGCAGCUCAAGUUACGGCAUUCACUGAAAGGCCGGCGGCUGAGGGACGUGAAAAUGGCGACACUCCGUGUAUCGAAGUGAAAAAAAAGAACAUAAAUUCCGAGUUUAUAGAUCACGAAAAUGAGUUACGAAAAAAUGGCGCUCUAGAACAAAUCGAAGAUGAAUUGAAGCAAAAAAAAUUGCUCAUUGAAAAAUUAAAUACCCAAGUCGACGGAUACCAGUCUGAUGUGAACAGGCUGUCCUCUGAAAUAAUUAAACACAAGACUGAAAUAACAAAGCUCAAAGAAGAAUUGGAAGUUCAGAGAAGUAAAAAUAACGGAGAAUUAGAAGAAAUACAAUUAGAAGUAAAAAAUUUAUUCAAAAAAAUUUUCCCAUCAGUUAAAAUAGAUGAGAAAAAAAUAAUAAGUAAAGACUGGAUUAACGAAUUAGAAAAAGAAUGUUUAAAUCAUUUGGAAAAAUUGAAAGAAGAGAAGGAGAAGAAGGAGGUGGAGGAGGAGGAGGAAUCGUCGAAAAAAGACGGGAAUAAAUUCGAUUCGGCGUACGUUGAAGAAUUAGAAAAUAAAAAUGGUCAAUUACAAACGUUGGUGGUUCAUUAUAAAACAAUCAUCGAAGACACCGAACUCAUGCUUAAUAAAUUACAAAAACACGUGGAACAAGAAGAAAUUCGAUGGCGUCAACAAUACGAAACGUUAGAACCACAAAUACAAAUCCUAAAUGAAAAAUUAUCAACGUCGGAAAAUAAAAAUGAAAAGCUUCAAUCUAAAAUAAAAGAAUUAGAAAGCAACGAUAAAACUAUGGAAUAUCAAAAAGAAAUAAAUAGAUUAAGAAAAUUAUUAGAUGGUCAAACGGAGAAAUUUAAAACUAUGGAAAAAGACGUGGAAGCUUUAAAUUUAAAAUUAUCAGAAGAGGAAUUAACGAAUAAGGAAUUAAAUAAAGAAAUGACAAAUUUAAAAGACGAAAUAAAAACAAAACAAAAUGAUUUGGAAGAAGAAAAUAAAAAAAGGAUAAUUUUAGAAGAGGAAUUGAAGAAAAAACAUUGA